AUGCCUUCUGCUACCGUACUCGUCAACAACACUUCCGGCAAAGCCCCAUUGAAGACGAAGGCGAGUUUGCCUCUCAACGCUAUUAGCAAGACCAACGGUGAUUACCUCCCAAACAGCCAUGGUGUGAAGUACGACUACGCAACCACGGAGGUCGGUGGAAACACAGACAUCCUCGACAAACAGGCCAGCACCGAGUUCGGGGACUGGAGGGAUGAGUUUUUCCGGGAUGGAUAUACGGUGGUUAAGGAGGCCAUUCCACGCGAGCGCGCUCUAGACUACCAACGCCAAGCCCUAGAAUGGUUCGGAAAAUUCCCCUUUGGCUUCAACAUCAACGACAAGAGCACUUGGGUGAAUGACAAAUUGCCCGUCAUGAUGAAAGGUGGCAUGAUUCUCAACUACUGCGCGGCGCACGAGAAGUGGGUGUGGGAGGCCCGGUGCGAACGGGGUGUUAUCGAGCCCUUCGCCAAACUCUGGGGAACCGAUGAACUUCUCGUUUCAUUUGACGCCGUCAACAUUACACUACCUGGCCGAACCGAUGUGAAGUGGGCGCCUUGGCCUCACAUUGAUCAGGCACCCACCCGCAAGGGUCUUGCCUGCGCCCAGGGUAUCAUUAAUCUCUCCGAGGCAGGCCCACGAGAUGGCGGCUUGCAACUUCUCCAAGGCAGCUCCAAACUCUUCGAGCAGUUCUUCGAGGAGCACCCUCCCAAGCCCAAGGAUGCCGACUCUCCGGGUCAGCUCGACUGGUAUGGCUUUUCUCUCGAGGAUGUCAAGUGGUUUGAAGACCACGGUUGCAAGCUUAUUAAAGUGGAUGCCGAGCCGGGCGAUGUCAUCAUAUGGGACUCACGUACCGUGCAUUACGCUAAGCUACCGGAGAGUGAUACCGUUCGAACGAUCAUUUACGCAACCUACACGCCGGCCAAGCUAGCCAGUCCUAACGACAUAGCUCUCAAGGCAGAUCUCUUUCACCGAUACGAGGCCACGACUCACUGGCCUCACUGUAACAUUUUUGGCCAGGGUAAGGCCCUGAGGGAUGGAAAUAUUUGCCCUGGUGAGCGUGAGGAGCCCCUCGAGAAGCCGCAGUUGACGGACAAGCUCCUGAAGUUAGCAGGAUGGCGGCAAAGGCUCGUCGGUCUCUGUGCUGUUUCCAAGACAGAACCUUACUCGAACUCCUAUUACUGGGGCCACGAUCUUGAUGGAGAACCAGACACGCUUUGGGGUCUAGAAGGCUACCACCACCCGGUGGGAUUCUUCAUGAAUCAUGUGUCGUCAGAUACCUUCAAGGAAGAGAUGAGACUUGUUGACGAAGACAAACUGCUGCGCAAUACCCAGGGCCUCGGCAGUCCCGACUAUGAUCUGCACCACUACGACUUGUUCUCCGGCUUUGUAACAAGAGAGAACGAUGCUGAUGCCCACGCCGAGGACAGCUUCGUCGUAGUCAUCCAUUACUGGGCUCUGAAUGGAAAACGCAAGCAGUUACUUGGGGCCCUAGCGGACUUUGCUGACCGCGUCACUGCUUUGGAGAAGCUGCCGCCAGUUACAAUUCAGAGCUUUGCCGUACUAAAAGAGCUUAAUGAUUUGAACCUAGCUAGUGUUUACAUUCGGUGA